UCUUGAAUUAUGACGUAAGUAAAGUUUGAAGUCCUCUAUCAGAGCUUGUGGCUGAUGGGAUACCCCUAUGUCGACCUCAGACUUGCACAGAAUUUGAUAAAAAAGCUGAAGCUAUUUUUAGCCUGGAACUAAUUGGAUCAUUCAGAUGAAAAUGACUUGGGAAUAAUCCUCAUCUGAACCCAAGAAGCCUGUUUCUGCUAUUGAAACAGGGCUCAUCCCUUCAAUAUUCUCAACAAUUUAAAAAAGGCUUAACUGGUAGUGUUGUCUAAGAGCUUCUUAAAGCUUAUUUUAUCGUUGUAAUUUUUCUUUUACUUCUUUUUUUCAUUCUGGGCAGAAAAGUGUUUAGCAUAUCCGCCUCACAGUCAGGAAGUCUUGGGUUCGAAUCUCGGCGUCCUCCCAAAUACGAAAAACAAGGUUCAUUUUGAAGACUCGAAAUUGUCCGUAGGUGUGAAUGUGAGUGUAAACGGUUGUUUGUCUACAGUAUAUGUGCCAUGCGAUUGGCUGGCGACCAGUCUGGGGUGUACACCCCUCUUGCCAAAAGUCAACUGGGAUAAGCCAGUUACCCGUGACCGGAAUGAAGACAAGCACUAUACAAAAUGGAUGGAUGGAGGUUUAUCAUUCUUUCUGUUGUCUCAAGUCACCUUGUUCUAAUGACCUCUUUUUGUCUUUUGUCUCAAUCCCAAUGACAACUGUUUUACUCAACUGAAUUAUGACUCAUUUAAAUCAGUCUCUUUCUAAGUCGAGUGCCCAAGCAAAUUGACGAUUUAUUACCUUCGUCAAGGGUGAAAAACAAUGAGGGUUAGAGGUAUUGUUUUGUCUUGCCAAAGAGCAAACAAAGGCAAGUUGUUUGCCUUUUACUUUCUCACACUCACAAAUCAACGCAUAAAUGAAGUUCUUAGUGUUCACAGUGUAUAGGUCGGGGUUGUCCAAACUUUUUCCACCAAAGGCCGCAAUAUAAUGUGGCAGAGUGGUCCUAGUGGUUAUCGUAAGUUGGGGGUUCGAAUCGGGGCAACUAUUUUCACUCACAUUCUGAACCCAUACUGCUUGCGUGGUAGUCAGACGACUACUACACUACACUGUGCUCGAACAUUUAUGUCUAUUUUCUCUAGGAUUUGUCCGUAUUAGGACCACAAGUGAGCUGGAGCCUAUCCCAGCUGAUAUGUUCGGUGGGAGGCGAAGCGGACACAGUCAUCAACCUCGCAUUCAUGUUUUUGGAAUGUGGGAGGAAGCUGGAGUACCCGGAGAAAACUAACGCAUGUGCGGAAAACAUGCAAACUCCACAUAGAAAGGCCAGAGUUGAGAUUUAAGCUCUGAACCUGAGAACUGUGAGGCAGAUGUGCUAACCACCUGUCCACUGUGCUGCCCCUUGGUCAAACACAAACACGGCACUUUGUGAAUGUCCCACCAAUGUUCAGUUCAUGCACCACAUUGGUGUAGUGCAGUGUUCCCCAACCAUUACUGAGCCAUGGCACACAUUUUACAUUUGAAAACGUUCCCAGCACAAACAUGUCACAAAAAGUAUAGAUACUGCAAUAAUGAUAAUCAUGUCUGAAUUUACUCACAAAUGUACUUACUUUGUGGUAUGAAUGACAACUUGUGGACACUGGUUGAUUAUGUACAUUCUUCUAUCUCGUGCACAGGUGUCAAACUCAAGGCCUGGGGGCCAUAUCCGGCCCUGCACGUCAUUUUAUGUGGCCCGCGAAAACAAAUCAGCAGGAUCGAAUACAUCCACCUGAAGAACUUCAUCCACAGAGACGUGAAGCCCGACAACUUCCUGAUGGGUCUUGGGAAGAAGGGCAACCUCGUCUACAUCAUCGACUUCGGCCUGGCGAAGAAAUACCGCGACGCCCGAACGCACCAGCACAUUCCCUACCGAGAUAACAAAAACCUCACUGGCACCGCCCGCUACGCUUCUAUCAACACGCACUUGGGCAUUGAGCAAUCGAGGCGAGACGACCUGGAGUCGCUGGGCUACGUCCUGAUGUACUUCAACUUGGGAUCGCUGCCUUGGCAGGGGCUCAAGGCCGCCACCAAGAGGCAGAAGUAUGAACGCAUCAGUGAAAAGAAAAUGUCGACUCCCAUUGAGGUGCUGUGCAAGGGCUACCCCUCUGUGUUCUCCACCUACCUGAACCUGUGUCGAUCUCUGCGCUUUGACGACAAGCCGGACUAUUCGUACCUGAGGCAGCUCUUCAGGAACCUUUUCCACAGACAAGGCUUCUCUUAUGACUACGUCUUUGACUGGAGCAUGCUCAAGUUUGGGGCCAGCAGGACGGCCGAAGAUGGAGAUAUAGAACGAAAGGAGGAAAAAGACGAAGAGGAGCGAGCGGGAGAAGGCCAGAGAGUCGCCGGAGGUCGAGCUUUGCCGUCUGGACCCAAACCUUCAGCGGCCAACCGAGUCAAAAACGAGGCAGACGUCAUUCAGUCUAAAGCGGUCACUCGCGGCGUCCAGCAGUCAGGUAACCGCUCUCCUCAGGUUGGUCGAGCGGAACGGGUCGAGCGAGAGCGCAAAGUGGCCAUGAGGCUUCAUCGCGGCGCCCCCGCCAACGUGUCCUCCGGUGACCUUUCGGCGCGCCUCGACCAAUCACGGAUCACUGCAUCGCAGGUCAGUGUGCCAUUUGAACAUCUGGCAAAGUGAGUUCUUCCUGACUGGCCUGCUGGUCAGAGGCAGUGUCUAGAGGGAAUCAACUACCCCUCGCUUUUCAAACAGAUAAAUGAAACCAUGAGUGAGUGACGGAGCAGGAAGAAGGUGCGUUGGUGGCGCCCCAAUGGGGAGGUCAGUGGUGUCCACGUGUGAACUCUGGUGACCAGAAGGAGCGGAAGUAACGCUUCAAUGAUGGAAACCAGUGGGCCAGGAAAAAAACCUUCAAUAGUACUGGCCCAGUACUGUUUAUAUGGUGCAGUUUAGAGGGGGGGGGGGGGAAGUGACAUUAACCAAUAAUCACGUCCCAUAGACUCAGAGGCUCAAGACGUAAAAAACAUACAGUACAUCCAAUUGCACAAACUUUCAGGUUUCUGUGGUUUACAGAUCUAACGUUAAUGUUAAAGAGUUAAAUAAGCUGCAUAUUGAUGUCUUUCAUACAAAAAUACCGAUAUAACCAGCGUGGCAGUCAGGCGUAUCAUUUGUGUAUUUAGACCUUUCUUAGAAAUCGUCUAAAAUGUCGGAGUGUUAUUAUCGUACUUGUUCAUCACCCGGCUUUGCCUCCGAGUCCAAAAUAUAAAAUGCAGGAAUGUUGAAUUAUAAAAUAUACAAAAAGAGAGUGCAUUGUCACUCUUGAGUUGACUGAGGAGAGAACCUCAAUGACUGAAUGUUAUUAUGACUCCUUAUUCCAAUAUGUAAGUUAAAAAAUCUUGCUGAUGUACUGUAUAUGUCUGUUUUUAUAUGUUGUACAUAGGGUAUGUUUUAUUUGGGCAAAAUGUAAAUAACAUUUGCCAGAAUGUACCAGAUCAAGAUGGUUACCCCUAUAAAGUCAAAACACAAAUUAACUUAUAAAAGCUGAUUCUAGAUCUGCUGAUGUUUUGUGCAUUUCUUUACUGUGCUUCAGUUCUGUUUGUCUGAUAUUUGUAUAUAAUUUUAGACUCAAUAAAAAAUAUGUACAUGCUGA